GAUCAGUCCCAGUGAAUGGGCUGAGCCAGACACAGAAGAACACAGUUUCACUUUGCUGCACAGCUUCUGGUACAUUACAGGAGCUCUCACCCUGCAAGGAGCCGGUCCUCACCCCAAGGCAUUGUCUGGACGUGUAGUCAGUGCCAUCUGGUGGCUGUUUUCUGUAUUGCUGCUUGCCUGCUACCUCUGCAACUUAAAGUCUGCGUUGAACUCCAACAGCAAACACAUCUCCAUUAAGAGCUUUGCAGACCUGGCUAACCAGGAUGUAAUCAAUUACGGCACAAUUGAAUCUGGAUCUACUAUGCUCUUCUUUAAGAAUUCCAACAAUCCUGUGUACCGGCGUAUCUACCAGCACAUGGAGCGUAAAAAAAGCUAUGUGUCCAAUGCAGAAGAAGGUAUACGCCGCACACAGGAAGGAAACUUUGCAUUUAUUGGUGAAGCAGUGUCCUUGGACUUGGCAGUGGCUCGGUACUGUAAACUGACCCGUUCACCAGAGGUCAUCUCUAUGCGGUCCUACGCCAUAGCAGCACCUCUAGGAUCCCCGCUGGUGAAGAAUCUAACUGUUGCCAUCCUCCAGCUCAGUGAGUCUGGUGAGCUAACAUACCUGCGUGAGAAGUGGUGGGCCAGCAGCUGUGUUGGCACUGGUGGAGCCCACAUCUCCGAGGCCCUGCAACCCUAUGACUUACGGGGCCUGUUCCUCCUCCUGGGACUGGGUCUGGGCAUCGGGCUCCUGCUAGCCCUGCUGGAGCUCUUAUCAAGGGCCCACAACCAAGCUAAGGAUGGCAAGAAAUCCUGCUGCUUGGUGUUGACAUCAGAGCUGAACCGGAGGUUUGGCAGUGGAGGGGAGAGCACAGAGCACGACACCUCAGACAAAAGCAAAGCCUAAAGAAGAAGCACCACGUUGUCAUUCGAUAAGAUAGUGUUAGAGAAGUGAACAAGCUGAGAGCUUUCUGUAUUUCCGUAGUAACAGUCGCAUAUUGUGUUGUAUUUCAGUGGGUUUUAUACUUUGGUGCCCAGUUUGAACAACUACCAGCAGCAGUAUAUUAAGCACCAAACCCACAGGUAUAUUUCAGACUUAAUAUUAUAAUCAGUCUGUCUUGUUAGCUGUUUAGCGUUGUUUUAUUAUCACAUAUUUACAUCUCACAUCUAACACCUGAAGUUCUUCUGUCACAGUUGUAACCUGGUCUUACUAUUUGCUUGUAUAUUCCAAAUAAAUACUCCAAUAUCCUG